AUGCAUCGAUUUUAUACGCCGGAUCCACGUUGUUUGGUAACAGCAAAGUCUGUCCCGGUGUGUGAGCGUCGUGCGUGGAGCAGUUCUGCGCGUCGAGGUCGGAGAGAGCCGGAUUCCUGGGAGACUUGUGGCCGCCGACAGCUGCAACUGAACGUGCAGGGCUGCAAGAAAGAUCCCUGGAGACAGAGUGGGGUUACCAGACUUUCUAGACAUUCCAGACCUCUUGAAACUAAAUCAAUGAUCCUGGACUAUGUGGAUAUACAACAACAUGAGAGGUUGCCAGUUUGUUCUACGCAGGCUGGAAAAAGAGCUGAUAUCAAUACCCUGAGGAAGCAUCUGGGCCAUACCAGGCGUUUGGCAUCAGCAAUUAAGCGAGGCCAGUGCUACUUCCACCUCCUGCAGAAAGAGGACCAGGAGAAGAAGGAGGAGGAGGAGAGGCAGUGGAUGAGGAGGGAGGAGCAGUGGAGAUCAGAGCCACGACCUCCCAGUUUCUCCUCUGACUCUGACAGCGAUUCAGAGGGGUGGCUUCUGCCUUCAGGAACCAGCUGGUCAGCUGCGACUGUAGCACGGCCGCGCAGGAAGAAAAUCCAGUCAGCGCGACCUUUCACCCCCGUCCAUCACUCUCUCAGCUCCCCUCUGCUGAGUGAAGCACUGAGGAAGCUCAUCUACCGCCAGCUCUGCUGUCUGAGUUGGCUGCUUGAGGCCUUGACUCUGGAUCACUCAGGCAGGGUGGCCCCCCUCACCGCCUGCUGGGAACCCAGAGACCCUGGCCGAGGCAGUACCACAAGAAAGAUGCUGAAAAAAGAAAGAGUCAUUGAGAACAAAUGGGAGCAGUUUGUUUCAUCCAAGCCUUGGAGAGCUCGACCCCGGCGACCUGGCAGCUCUUCAGCUCGCCUCCACACACACAGGAAGUCUUCCUUCAUGAGCGUGGCCUCCCUCUCUGCCGUCACCGCCACCACUGUGGGCAGCAGCAGUGUGUCCUCUCUGCAGCGCGCCGUUGGGGAGGACACAGAGUCUUCAGGAACAGCACAGGAGACAGACCGAUCUCCCUCCGACUAUCUUUGUACACUGUCAGAUGUCCACCAGAAUGGCAAGCAAGAGAGCCAAAGCUCAAAAACCAGCAAUUGGACCCCACCCGAGUGUAACACACAGCCGUCGUCUCAGAAGACAGGUGACCGAACCGACUCUAAGACCGCAAAGAGCUUUCCAGCCAAGAGCCACCUCAUCAACGACAAAGCCAUCAAGCUACGAGAUAUAAAAACUGCCUUUAAGGAAAGAGUGGAGGAGAUAUCUCAGAGCUACGCUGACGUCCUGGAGCUCAAAGCUAGGGAGAGAUUAAACAGCGGCCUCCAGAGGUAUCGAGCCCAGGGUCACGUGACCAAAUCCCAGGGCCUUCCUCGCCAUGUGGCCUGCUUGUCCAAAGAGCCAGAAGCCCCAGACAACAAGAAUAAAAACAAGCACAGCAACAAUAUGUGGCUGUCCUCUCUGCUGAGCGGCCUGCCAGGGGAGGUGUGCAGGGAGCGUGCGGUGAGCCGGGUGCUGGAGAGGCUGACUGGUUUUGCAGAGCAGCAGAGCCUCAGGGUUCGACCUCAGGUCCUGCUGAAGGUGCUGGGGGGUCUGGAGCCGUGGGAGCUCUGUCUGCCUGAGCUGUGUGUGGCCGUCCAGAUAGCCACAGAGCACGUGGUCCAGAUGCCAAGGGAGGAGUACAACACCUGGCUGUGUUCAAGGGUCACUCUGCCCCCACAGUACCACCGUGCCCCUCAAACACUAGGUGACCCACACUCAUUAAGACCAGGAGGAAGCCUACAGGCAAGGACAAAAAAAAUAGGCACACCUAGUUUGGUCAAAUUAAAUGUUGGCAAAAGGUUAAAAGAGCCUUAAUGAGCCUUACAAGUAAUGGGUCUAUUAGAUUAGGAACUAUUUGAUUAAAGGCACUAUCAUUUAAAAAUGCUUCCUAUCGACGGUGAUCCUACAGACCAGGUCAAAGUUGUGUCAGAAUAAAUAAUAAAAAGGUAGUUAGGCUUAUCCAAUUGUACAUAUUUUGUUCUGACCGAGAAUAGUUAAAAUCUUAAAUCAUUUUGGUAAACAUUUUCAUUUGUGCACAUUGAGCAUUAACAAAUGUGACCUUUUCUUUUAGAUUUGCAUAUAAUAACUCCAUAAUCAUAUACACACUUUACUCUGCCUGAUGCAAUACUU